UAUAAUUUCGUAACACAAUUAUUUAUUCAAUAAAUAUUUAGUUAAGCUACAUCGAAUAGAAGACAUGUAGUCGCAGCACGAGCGGCGUACGCUUUUACUUCGAUUAUUUUACUCAUGUCUUUCUUAUUCUUUGACCGAGGAGUGCAUAACUUAGCUAUGAGUUUCAUAAAAAUAUUUAAAGUAUGCAGAUAGUGUCUCAAUAAUGCCGAAAAGAAUACCGUUCCACGUAGUCUACGCAACAAGCGAGGACAGCUCGUACCCAGCAUGCGAGCUGAACGCGCAGGGCCCGGCGGCGCGGGGCUGGCGCAGCGCGGGCGCGCCGCCGCACGAGCUGCUGCUGCGCCUGGCCACCGUCACCAGCAUACACAAAUUGCAGCUGCUGGCGCACCACCAGCUCAUACCGGCGUCAGUAGAGGUGCUCGUGUCUGGAGGUCUGGUGUCGGAGGGCGCGGCCACGCCGUGCGGCGCGACGUACGCCAGCGUCGGGAAGGUGUCCCUCGCCAAGCCCACACCGCAGGCCCGGACUAGGGAGCUAAGAUCUGCAGCUUUACCAGAGCCAACGACCGCUAGAUUCGUCAAACUCAAGCUGUCCGGUCCCCAUCCGCCUGCCGCUGAAGAUGAUCAGGUCGCGCUAAUGGCAGUAAAUGUCUUGGGAGACGAGGUGAUCGACGCCAACAACUCGCCAAGCCCGCCCAAAUCCACCGUCUGCUUCUCCCCAUAUGACGACCUGGCAUUCGUCAUGUACGUGGACAAUGAUAUCGCUGACCUCGUGCGAGUUCUCGACAAGAAGAAGAGGGCAGCUGUUGCAGAUGAACGGUUUGAGUACGCGCGUCGCCUCAAAUCUGCCGGCUCAGCUUUAGCGGCUGCAGGAAUAAGGAUCGGCAGGUGGCGACUACGCAAGAGGACAGCAGCAGCCCGCGACGAUUUCGAGCUCGCCAGAAGAAUGAGAGACAGGAUCACAGAUGCACUUAUCGGGGUCAAGGAAGACACAGAGCUUUGCAGACUUCUCGAAUUAAAUGGACCUGAUCCUCGUAACGACUCGUCGAUGCCUCAAGCCUACGACUUCUCUCACCAUCUGUCGCCGUCAGUUACCGCCGGAGCGCUCAGCGUCGACAUCUCCUCGCCCGUCCCGCCCAUAGAACACGUCCCCGACCCUCACGAGGAAUACAACAGUAUAGAUGAAGCCGACCACAAUGAGCACAUCGUAUCCACUUCACCCGUCCAAUUACAAGAAGAAAUCCCAGAAGUACAACCACAACCCGCCCAACCUGAAGAACAACAGGUCAUUAUAGAAGAUAAAAUAGAGGUAAUCAAGAAAGAGGAAGAAGAUAUAAGAAGAGAAACUGAUAGUCCUAGAAGAAGUAUCACACCUAAUGCUGCCAAUGGCACACUAGUGAGGCGAAGAAAUAAAAGCGCCGGACCAAGAUCAACUUUUGAGGCAUACGAAGAAAGAUUACUACCAGCUCUUAGGCAUUCUCAUACAAACGAAUAUCUGAGAGACGCAAGAGAGGAAGAAUGCAGCGCAGGUAGCGCGUCGUCCCAUCCGCGUACAGUACAUAAACUAAACGAGAGAGAAAGAAAACAGGCAGCCCUACCUAUACUUAUUUUUGGAUAUCCUUUAGUUGAAAAAUUCUUCUCAAAGAACUACUUAGACAAAGAAGAAGGUUUAGCGAGGCUGAGAGCAGAACUAACAACACCGUCAAAUGGGAGCACCAAGACCUCACCCAACAAAACAGCGCGAGCUGCCGCCACGUUGUUGCAAAGAGCUCUCAGAGAUAAAGUGUUUUCUGUGUACAGCCAGGCAAAUGAAGUUGUAAGAGUGCUGUUUAAGGAAUUCGUGCCAAAUAGAGUUUGUGCGGCAGAGGUAGGACGAUGUUUAGAGAAGCUCUUACCGGAAUUGUUACGAGCCUGCGGAGACCCCGCGCCAAGAGUCCACUCCACAGCACAACACACCGUUCUCACUGUUGCGGAUUGUCCUCAAGUUAGGAGCACACACAUAAUCCCCCAGCAAUUGGUUCGUCCGGUGACGGCAUCCAUGCAUCCCAGACUCGCUCUCUCUCGACUGCAAAUGUUGGAGCAACUUAUUCUUAGCCACGGUAUAUCAACUGACAAGAACAGCGGCUUGACAGUCCGUCGUCUGGCGGAGUGUGGUGCGGCGGGGGCGCAGCACGCGGCGGGCUCAGUCCGGGCUGCAGCAGAGAGGAUCCUGCUGGCCGCGUAUGCUCGCUCGCCCCGCGUGGUCCGAGCCCAGCUACCACCAGAUGACGCCGUCACCCGUCGCAACCUCAUCUAUAGACAUCUGUUCCAGCAGUUCGAUAGGAUCGACAUGCAGAAAAUGCUAAACCAAGCUCCAACAGAGGAGCAAAUUUUGAAUGGGGAGGAGCAAUCGACGGAGGAUAACACGUUAGAAUCGAGCACAACGCAGUCCACUCGGAGCGGAAUCACCGUUAGUGGAAUGACCGCGUCCUAUGGCAUGACAUCGUCUAUGGAUGCUACGUCAUCGUACAGCCUGAAAUCCAGCGCCAGCAGUGCGACGUUAGCGCCGUCCAGUAUGAGCGGGAGCCUCACCACUUCUAGAGCAAAAAGUAGUCUGAAGAAGUCACCAACCAAAAAGUACGUCCCGACGCCAAGAACACCCAAGGAUUCCCUAGGAUAUAACAAAUUGAGGCUGGACAGUGCCGUAAGCCCAAAACACUCACCUAAAAUGUCCUUGGCUGGAAACGAAAAGGUACACUUCGAAGAAAGUCAGUCCGAGGAUGUGAUAUACCGGCGUGCGAGCCGCAACACAGAGAACCGCCAUUCGAUGAUCCACUACGACCACGACGCGCCAAAACCAGAGCUAAAAGAACGCCCUGUUACAGUCUACGAACCUCUGCACAUAGACUACAGAGACUCCCCAACUAUAGGGUCGCCGAAAACAUCCAGAAACGACAUGAGGAGCAUAGACUCGUUACCCAUAGACUCUCCCCAGCUGUCUAGAUAUGAUCUGAGAGAUUCUGACUCUAGAAGUCUGGACUCACCGAAACUGAAGGCCGAUUACUUCAGGGAUGUCGGCUUGGAGUCUCCAAAACUAGUGCAAGGAGUGAGAAAUUUGCAUUUGGACGAGCACAGUCAAAUGGACGAAAGUGGAUAUUACAGUCCAGGAAGAAGACAGCAGCCGUCCAACAGCGAACAAUUUGACAACUACGACGCUCCCGGAGUCGAUGCAAGCAACGAAACAACGCCUGAACCUGUUCACAACACAAUGUGUACGUGGUGCGGGCGGCGCGUGCGGGCGUCGGCGCUGGAGACGCACUACUGGCGGCGCUGCAUGCUGCUGGCGCGCUGCCCGCACUGCCAUCUUGCGCUCGAGGCACGCGCGCUCCACGCACAUUUGUUAGAGGAGUGUUCGAUGAGCGAAGGGUUAUGGAGGGCGUGUCAGAAGUGCGGCGCGGCUCUGCGGGCUGACGAGAGCGAGUACCAUCCCAACUGCAUACCUCUCGGUUUCGAAGAAUGGAAGUGUCCGUAUUGCCUUACCAACGUGCUGGCGCGGGACUUGCCUUGGCAACGGCAUUUGAUGCAGUGCCCACGGAACCCAAGAGUCACGCCUCAGAACUAGAAUAUUAACUUACCUAAAUAUUAAUAUUCUAUGAAAUAUUCCAAAUUCCAAUUGAAUUUAUGAGUUAUUAACUUAUAACCAAAGCGAUAGCCAUUACAGUCACGAAAAAGUUGCAUGAAUAGGAAAAGUAACUAAAACAGUCUGAACUUUCUAAGCGAAAUAUAAAAUAUAUUUUAUUUAAUAUGGCUAUACUUUUUUUUAGUUAA